GGCGGAAAGUUUAGGGGGAGAGCGGUUGGGGGCGCGGAAGGAGGCGAGGUUCCGGGGGUGGGGCGGGCAGGCGGCAACUGGGCGAGCGGGCCGGUGGGCCGCGGCGAGCGGGGAGGCGGCGCGACCUAGAAGGAGGAAGAGGCCGCGGGGGUGCGGCGGCCCGAGGGAGCUCCUCCCCCGUCCCUUCACCCCCUCCGCUCGGCUCCUCGGGCCCCGGGCGGGGCGGGGGUACGUGGAGCGGGGCCGGGCCGGGGAGCUGCUCCGACUCUGGCCGGAGCGCACCCCAGUUCCCAGCGCACGCCGCUCGCGGGAACUUUGUGGCGGCGCCGCAGGUGUGGGGGCCCGCGGAGGUGUACAUGCGGGGCGCGAGGGCGUCGCGGAGAGCGGCCGCUGCCCUGUCCGGCCCCCGCUGGAGCAGCCCGGAGGCAGCGAGCAAGGAGAAAGGUGUGUGCCCUCUUCCUGAUUCUGGAGAAAAAUGCCGGUCCGGAAGCAAGAUACCCAGAGAGCAUUGCACCUUUUGGAAGAAUAUCGUUCAAAACUAAGCCAAACUGAGGACAGACAGCUCAGAAGUUCCAUAGAACGGGUUAUUAACAUAUUUCAGAGCAACCUCUUCCAGGCUUUAAUAGAUAUUCAAGAAUUUUAUGAAGUGACCUUACUGGAUAAUCCAAAAUGUAUAGAUCAUUCUAAGCUGUCGGAACCAAUUCAGCCUGUGAAUACUUGGGAAAUUUCCAGCCUUCCAAGCUCUACUGUGACUUCAGAAACACUACCCAGCAGCCUUAGCCCUAGUGUGGAGAAAUACAGGUAUCAGGAUGAAGAUACACCCCCUCAGGAGCACAUUUCCCCACAAAUCACGAAUGAAGUGGUAGGUCCCGAACUGGUUCAUGUCUCAGAGAAGAACUUAUCAGAGAUUGAGAAUGUCCAUGGAUUUGUUUCUCAUUCUCAUAUUUCACCAAUAAAGCCAACAGAAGCUGUUCUUCCCUCUCCUCCCACUGUCCCUGUGACCCCUGUCCUGCCAGUCCCUGCUGGGAAUACUGUCAUCUUACCCACCGCACCACAGGCAAAUCCUCCUCCAGUCCUGGUCAACACAGAGAGCUUGGAAACACCAACUUAUGUUAAUGGCACAGAUGCAGAUUAUGAAUAUGAAGAAAUCACACUUGAAAGGGGAAAUUCAGGGCUUGGUUUCAGCAUUGCAGGAGGUACAGACAACCCACACAUUGGAGAUGACUCAAGUAUAUUCAUUACCAAAAUUAUCACGGGGGGAGCAGCCGCCCAAGAUGGAAGAUUGCGGGUCAACGACUGUAUAUUACGAGUAAAUGAAGUAGAUGUUCGUGAUGUAACACACAGCAAAGCAGUUGAAGCGUUGAAAGAAGCAGGGUCUAUCGUACGCUUGUAUGUAAAAAGAAGGAAACCAGUAUCAGAAAAAAUAAUGGAAAUAAAGCUCAUUAAAGGUCCUAAAGGUCUUGGGUUCAGCAUUGCUGGAGGUGUUGGAAAUCAGCAUAUUCCUGGGGAUAAUAGCAUCUAUGUAACCAAAAUAAUUGAAGGAGGUGCAGCACAUAAGGAUGGCAAACUCCAGAUUGGAGAUAAACUUCUAGCAGUGAAUAACGUAUGUUUAGAAGAAGUUACUCAUGAAGAAGCAGUAACUGCCUUAAAGAACACAUCUGAUUUUGUUUAUUUGAAAGUGGCAAAACCCACAAGUAUGUAUAUGAAUGAUGGCUAUGCACCACCUGAUAUCACCAACUCUUCUUCUCAGCCUGUCGAUAACCAUGUUAGCCCAUCUUCCUUCUUGGGCCAGACACCAGCAUCACCAGCCAGAUACUCACCAGUUUCUAAAGCAGUGCUUGGAGAUGAUGAAAUUACAAGGGAACCUAGAAAAGUUGUUCUUCAUCGUGGCUCAACGGGCCUUGGUUUCAACAUUGUAGGAGGAGAAGAUGGAGAAGGAAUAUUUAUUUCCUUUAUCUUAGCCGGAGGACCUGCUGAUCUAAGUGGAGAGCUCAGAAAAGGAGAUCGUAUUAUAUCGGUAAGACAUGUUAGUCAGGAUCAUGCAAGCCACACACAGGCAGCAGCUGCAUUGAAAAAUGCUGGCCAAGCUGUUACAAUUGUUGCACAAUAUCGACCUGAAGAAUACAGUCGUUUUGAAGCUAAAAUACAUGAUUUACGGGAGCAGAUGAUGAAUAGUAGUAUUAGUUCAGGGUCAGGUUCUCUUCGAACUAGCCAGAAGCGAUCCCUCUAUGUCAGAGCCCUUUUUGAUUAUGACAAGACUAAAGACAGUGGCCUUCCCAGUCAGGGAUUGAACUUCAAAUUUGGAGAUAUACUCCAUGUUAUUAAUGCUUCUGAUGAUGAAUGGUGGCAAGCCAGGCAGGUCACACCAGAUGGGGAGAGUGAUGAGGUUGGAGUGAUUCCCAGUAAACGCAGAGUUGAGAAGAAAGAACGAGCCCGAUUAAAAACAGUGAAAUUCAAUUCUAAAACGAGAGAUAAAGGGCAGUCAUUCAAUGACAAGCGUAAAAAGAACCUCUUUUCCCGAAAAUUCCCCUUCUACAAGAACAAGGACCAGAGUGAGCAGGAAACAAGUGAUGCUGACCAACAUGUAACUUCUAAUGCCAGCGAUAGUGAAAGUAGUUACCGUGGUCAAGAAGAGUACGUCUUAUCUUAUGAACCAGUGAACCAACAAGAAGUUAAUUACACUCGGCCAGUGAUCAUACUGGGACCCAUGAAAGACCGGAUCAAUGACGACUUGAUCUCAGAAUUUCCCGACAAAUUUGGAUCCUGUGUCCCUCAUACAACUAGACCAAAACGAGAUUAUGAGGUAGACGGAAGAGAUUAUCAUUUUGUGACUUCAAGAGAGCAGAUGGAAAAAGAUAUCCAGGAACAUAAAUUCAUUGAAGCUGGCCAGUAUAACAAUCAUCUAUAUGGAACAAGUGUUCAGUCUGUGCGAGAAGUAGCAGAAAAGGGCAAACACUGUAUCCUUGAUGUGUCUGGAAAUGCCAUAAAGAGAUUACAGAUUGCACAGCUUUACCCUAUCUCCAUUUUUAUUAAACCCAAAUCCAUGGAAAAUAUCAUGGAAAUGAAUAAGCGUCUAACAGAAGAACAAGCCAGAAAAACGUUUGAGAGAGCCAUGAAACUGGAACAGGAGUUCACUGAACAUUUCACAGCUAUUGUACAGGGAGAUACGCUGGAAGACAUUUACAACCAAGUGAAACAGAUCAUAGAAGAACAGUCUGGUUCUUACAUCUGGGUUCCAGCAAAAGAAAAGUUAUGAAAACUCAUGUUUCUCUAUUUCUUUUUUCCACAAUUCCAUUUUCUUUGACAUCUCUUUGCCCUUUCCUCUGGAGUCUUUCUUCAAUACUGAUUUCAUGUUGAAUUAUAUCCCACAUCAUGGUCUGCAGGUGCGCUUCUUUUUUUACAUGUAGUGUCUCCUUCAGGUUACAUCAUGUGUGUUAUUUAAUGUCACUAUUGGUUAGUGGCCAUUUUUCACAACUGAAGAUGGAAUGGCCUGACCAGCUAUUAAGAAUUUGGGGAGACGCAGAAAUUGUGGUAAAAUUCCUUAAUGUUUAAGGGAAAGUAACUUUAAGAGAUUUUUGGAAAAGCUUUAUAUACAUUCUUUUCAAAUUUCAGUACAAAUGAAAAAGUGGUUUUAAUCAGUGAUUUAGUAGACUUUGAGCAACUAUGCACGCUUAAGUUUAAUAGCAUGGUUUGGCCAAUGUAUUACUCUCAAGUCCUGUUCUCAGCUUCUAUCAUCAAAGCAAUUGUUUCAUUAUAGGUAAAUAAGGAAAACAUUUUUUAAUUUAAAAAUUCAUGUCUGAGUUAACUUUCAUAAGGGAUUUCAUUUUUCCUAAGCAUUCUUAGUCUUUUAUUAUUUGAAGGUUCUUUUUUCCCAGUACAUUUGCUAGGAAUAACAACGUUUAAAUGUUUUUAAUCUACUUGAGCAACACUAUCGUGUCUUACAGAAGUUGUUCAUAUGUAAAUGAUCAUCACAUUCUGUGAAUCGAGGCCAUGUUCAGGUGCUAAGGAAGUUCACCUUUUACACAGAAGGUUGAGAAAAUUUCCUAGAUAUAAAUACAGAUAAAUCAGACGUCACAGUGGUGAUGUGGAAACCAUAAUGGCAAUGGAGAGAGUCCAGUUCAUAGCCUAAAACUUACAAAUGGAUUCUUAGGAGUCAGAUUUGACUGAAUAUGUUACCCACAAUAGCUGCCUAUUUUGUUAUAAUAAAAUAUAUAUAAAUAUAUAUAUAAAACUUUCUUUAAACUCUGUAACUAUGGGAAUUAUUUUCUUUACAUAGUUGCGCACACACACAAACAUAUAUAUAUAUAUAUAUUUAAAAUAUAUUUUGUUUCUUUUUCCACCUACUCCUAAGUUUUUGUUUGGUUUUUAAAUUAAAUAUUAAUUGAAUAGACUUAUCUUCCUUAAUCCUGUGAACUGAAAAUGGGGGCAUGGUGAUCGUGAGGAGAAACAUUUAGGGAAAUUAGAUUAUAAGUAAAAGUACGGGCAUAUUCUCCUCUUUUCUACAAAAGUUUUCAAAUGGUUCCUGGGGGUUUUUUUGUUGUUGUUCUUGUUAUUGUUGUUCUUGUCAUCAGGUUUGAUUUUGGUCCUUGCGCUUUCCUUCUAGUUCUCCUUUUGUUCAUAGGAAGGCAGGCAAAAGCCCCAUUUGUGUGUGUGUUUUCCCCUCAGCGCCUUCAUCCACUGCCCUGCACUAGAAUUACACAAAUCUUCAUGGUGAGCAAUUUUAAGAAAUUUUAGUGAAAGGUAGAAAUUAUUUCAGAAAUCAGUUUCUCUGGUCCUUUAUAUUAAUAAUAAUAUUUGGCUUCCCAUUGCUCUUUGGAGUUGUUUAUUAAAUAUGUGUUUUUGACAGCCUCCUCAUUACAGUUUCUUAAAGAAAUGAGUACUGGUUUGUAAAGAAUUAUCAACAUUAUCCAUUCCAUUUAUGAAGAAGAGGAGAACAGCUAAUAAACUGUAUUGUAAAAUCCA